CCAGAACCAGUACCAGAGGGAGUGGCUGGCACUGAGGUAGACAUACCGGGACCAGAACCAGUACCAGAGGGAGUGGCUGAAGCUGAGCACCGUAUCACUGUCUACAUGUCAUUCAGCCAAGAAGCAAACAGGAAAAUUAAAGACAACCUGGCCAGGAUCCUACAAAUCACGGACCUACUCCAGGACUACAAGAUCAUCUCUGCCUACAAAAGAAACUUCAAGAACUUCAAGGACCAUGUGAUCUUCUCCCAUCCUUUCUCAAGAGCCCACACAAGCCAAGAUGAACGGCACUGAGGGUAAAGACUUCUACAUCCCUAUGUCCAACCGGACGGGGUUGGUGAGGAGCCCAUUCGAAUACCCCCAGUACUACCUAGGAGAACCAUGGCAGUUCAAGAUGCUGGCUGCCUACAUGUUCUUUCUCAUCUGCUUUGGCUUCCCCAUUAAUGCCCUGACACUGGUGGUAACUGCUCAGCACAAGAAGCUCCGACAACCUCUCAACUUCAUCCUUGUCAACUUGGCUGUGGCUGGCUUGAUCAUGGUCAUGUUUGGAUUCACAAUUACCUUCUACACCGCCAUUAAUGGCUACUUCGUCUUUGGGACCAUGGGCUGUGCCAUUGAGGGCUUCAUGUCAACUCUUGGAGGUCAGGUGUCUCUCUGGUCCCUGGUGGUGCUGGCCGUUGAGAGAUACAUAGUGGUCUGCAAACCCAUGGGUAGCUUCAAAUUCACCUCCACCCAUGCUAUGGCUGGCAUUGUAUUCACCUGGAUAAUGGCUAUGGCAUGUGCUGCCCCACCCCUGGGUGGCUGGUCCCGGUACAUCCCUGAGGGCUUGCAAUGCUCCUGUGGGCCUGAUUACUACACCCUCAACCCAGACUACAACAAUGAGUCCUAUGUGAUGUACAUGUUCAGCUGCCACUUCUGUGUGCCCGUCUUCCUCAUUUUCUUCACAUACGGCAGCCUGGUUUGCACAGUCAAGGCGGCUGCCGCCACCCAGCAGGACUCUGCCUCCACCCAGAAAGCAGAGAAGGAAGUGACACGCAUGGUCAUCUUGAUGGUUCUGGGUUUCCUGGUGGCCUGGUCCCCUUAUGCUAGCUAUGCUGCCUACAUCUUCUUGAACAAGGGUGUAGCAUUCACUGCCCAGAGCAUGGCUGUACCAGCCUUCUUCGCCAAGACCUCAGCCUUGUUCAACCCCAUCAUCUAUGUGCUGCUAAACAAACAGUUCCGUAACUGCAUGCUGACUACUCUCUUCUGUGGCAAGAACCCAAUGGGUGAUGAUGAGUCUUCCUCUGUAUCUGCAAGUAGCAAGACAGAGGUUUCUUCAGUUUCUCCAGCAUAGAAACCUCCCUCUGUCUCC